UUCGAAGCUGAGUUUCGCCGUUUUGCCAUGAAGAGGUCCAGCGUGGGUGGUUUCCAGGAAUUCUACCAGCUGAUCCAGAGGGUGCACCAGAUCCCUUGUUCGGAGGUUCUCCUGGGAUACACAGACAUCCAUGGAGAUUUGCUUCCCAUCAACAAUGAUGAUAACUAUCACAAGGCUCUGUCUUCGGCCAAUCCUCUUCUCCGGAUCAUCAUCCAGAAGAGAGCAGAAGCCAACGCCAGCGUCUUUGCCUCCAACUCCCUGCAGCGGAAGAAAAAGGGACUGCUGAGGCCGACGCACCAACGGGCCAAGCCCCACCUGUUGAUCGGCAUGCCCCAGGACUUCCGCCAGAUCUCCUCCAUCAUCGACGUGGACAUCUUGCCCGAGACCCACCGGCGGGUGCGGCUCCAUAAACACGGCUCCAACAAGCCCCUGGGCUUUUAUAUCCGGGAUGGGGUCAGUGUGCGAGUGGCUCAUCACGGGGUGGAGAAGGUGCCCGGCAUCUUCAUCUCCCGCUUGGUCAAGGGAGGUUUGGCUGAGAGCACUGGACUGCUGGCCGUCAACGACGAGAUCCUCGAAGUCAACGGCAUCGACGUGGCGGGCAAGUCGCUGGACCAGGUCACCGACAUGAUGGUGGCCAACAGCCACAAUCUCAUCAUCACCGUCAAGCCGGCCAAUCAACGCAACAACGUCAUCCGCAGCAGCAAGGCUUCCGGGAGUUCCGGCAUGUCCACGGACAGCACGCCCAGCCAGCAGACGCCCAGCCCGGCUUCCCAGUACCUGAGCAACUGUAGCACAGCCGAGGGGGAAAGCGAUGAGGAGGGAGACCUGGUCAUUGAGAGUGACUUGCCUGCCAGCUGCCCCAACGGGGGUCUUCUUGACAGCCUCCAGCACAGCCUCUCGCUCUAUAGCUCCCAAGGGUCCCUGCCUUCCCUGAACAGUCACAGUGGCAGCGGGAGCCCCAUGCGGGGCAGCCGAACGGGCAGCCUCCAGGAGGAUGGCACCAUCAUCACCCUAUAGCCUUCGGUGCCAUGCUUCUCUCCUUCCCGUUCUUACUUGAAAAACAUUGUCUCUGCGGUCAGCGUGGGAGAGCCUCACCAUCCUUGACCAUCGGAGGCCAAAUCUGGAGAUUGGAACCAACGUUCACCCUCGUUGACUGGGACUUGCACACCCCCUUCAUGUUCCAAUGGUGCUUCUUGCAACCAAAUUGACAGUGGGCAUUGGAAGGGGAGGGCCCGGUCCACCUUCUUCCAACCCUUGGCUGCCCCAGAGGCUCUCUCCUUCCGGUGUCCAGGGAGCGAAAGGGAUGGGCCUCCUCUUACUUUCUCCCUUUCGGCCUAUACCUGUAUUCCAGGUAGGGGGGCUGGCCUCAUUCAUCCCCCAAGCUCUGCCUCCAGCAACUUCUCAUGAAGUGUUUGAUUUUAGGUGUUUUUACGAUGACAUGUGUCGCAGUUAAUAUAUUGCAACAGACUAUUAAACCAUGGCUUUUUUUUUAAAGCGGUGCUCCUUCA